AAUCGGGUCGCUCGAUGACUCAUUUCCGAUCUCUUUAUAUGACCACCAGUUUCGUAGCUUUUGUCGUACCAUGAGCGCACUGUAAUUUCUGUGAUUUUUCUGUGUUAAAUUCCAUUUUUGUGUUUAGGAACGUGUCGAAAGGCUCCCAAAACAGUUCCCCCUCGUAUUUCGGUCCGUUUUUAAAGUCGAUGUAAAUUUCCAUUCGAGAAAAAGAGAAACGUGAAAACAAUAAUGAAGGAAGAAGUUUUGGCAGCGGUCAUGUUUUUAGUUCGUUUCAUCGAGAAAAGCGAAACAUUCCCAAGGGAGCAGAUCGAGAACUUCAAGAGUCACCUAACUACGCUUCUAAUGCAAAGGUUUGAGAAACACUGGUUUCCCGAUUUACCGGCAAAGGGGCAAGGAUACCGCUGUAUAAGACUGAACGUUCUAUCACCCGUAGAUCAGUCCCUCGAAUUGGCAGCGAGCAAAUGCGGCCUAACGUACAGGGACCUAAGCUUGCCGACAGAACUGACAGUAUGGGUCGAUCCGAGCGAAGUUUGCUAUAGGCUAGGCGAAUCGGAAGGUUCGUAUUGCACGCUAGCAACUUUUCCGUCGGAUUCGUCGUCGUCGUGUUCGGAAUCCUCAACAAGUUCCUCCCCUUUGCCCUCACCGCCCAGCACACCCACACAGGAGAGAUCUCGUCGGACGCAGUUCGUUUACCAGCAGCAACAUCGAGUCGCUAUGGAGAUGUCCAUCAAAAAUCAUAAUCUUAACUUUAGUAGUAGUAAUGUGGUCGCGUCGUUACGUUCGAAACCUUUGCCUAAAGAGAUGAGUUUUAAUUACCCCAACCGUCACACUUGGCGUUGCGAUACGGCGCCGUUCUCCCUACCAUCUCCCACAUUCUACAGAGCCUACAAUAACAGUUAUAACAGUCGACAGUACAAAAAUGUUCUUAAAGUGUAAACGCCCCCUCUACUACUAGGAUUAACGGUAAUGUGGUUGUUUUUCAAGUCUAACUCAACCAGUUUUUUUCAUUAUGUCAUUUAGAAAGGAUAUUUAAAUAUUAUACGUGUGUCUUCACUUUACAACUUAAGAUAAAGUUUUAUUUGUUGUUUUUCUUUUCCGCCUGUAAGGAUUUUCAAAUUGGUGUUUACCAAGUUACGGAUGUGUUCUUUAAUUUUGUUCCUUAUGUACGUCUUCGGAGAAAAUAUUCAGUAAUAAAUAUUUUCAAACCAUAAGCAGUUUUAAAAUUUGUACAUAUUGUGACAAUUAAAUUACUGUAUUGCUGUGAUAAACCUCCGUCAUGACAAGGUAAAUACAAUAUUGCCAUUUUAUAAUGCUUUAUGUAGAGUAAUACUACAGUCGUACCUGUCUGUCGGAAAACGUGCAACACCUCAUUAAACAUUAUUUACAAGUUGCACGUUUUCCGACGGAUAUUAGUAUAAAUAUCAGAAAAAGAAGCUUUAACGUUUGAACUGGAAAGUACCUCUUGACUUGCGCAUUUUAAAAAUGAGAAUGAUUGACUGAAUUUUUAUACUUAUAUAUUUAAGUAUGGUAUGUAAAUAGAAAAUUGCUUAUAGUUUGACCAGGAGUACAAAUUAUAUAUGUAAAGCAUUUCCAAACAAACUCAGUAUUCUAGGUAUCUUUGUAUUGUACCGAAAUUGCAUUUUUUUCAAUUUUAAUGUACAUAUAGAAUCACGUUCGCUUUCGCCAAUUUAAAUCUCGCUGCGAGAUUUAAAUUGCCCAAAAGUUUGUUAGUAAUUCGCUACGAUACAAGGUGUUUAAAAAAAACUGCCAUUUUUAGACGUAUUACAAUGUUAUCAUUUAUCGUUAAUCCUUACCGAACACGGCAAAGACGUUUAAAAAUUUCAGUUUACGUUGUUAUCAUGGUACUAAGCUCCCCCCGCUUUUCGCUGUUUGAAAAUUAGUCGUCUUUUUAAUUCUAGCGCUUAAUUUGAAAGAAGGCUGUUUAGAGUUUUUUCCUCGCUUAACGCAGAAGUGGUCCAAUUUAUUGACGAAUUUUUGGCAUGUAGGUUAUUUUAAGAUUUUUUUGUUUGUACAGAAUUGUGUGCGUGUAUUAAUCUGUUUAGAGAGUUCUUUGUAAUUCGACAAUAUUCUAUUUGUGCACUUCUAGAGACGCGUGCGAUUCUGUGCGUGUUAUUUGUAAAGUAGAAAGAGUCUAAUCGUUUAAAUAAACUAUUAUGCAAAAUCGUAAAAUAACUAACAGGGUUUUAUAUAGUUAUUAUAUGGUAUAUGUUUGAAUUCUUUUUAAAUCUGGUUUAUUUAGAAUUAUGUACGAGUAUGCUUUUUAUGGUCGCCGUACAGGUCACGUGUGAUAUUUUGUAUAUAUAAACUCGAAUUUUAUGAUUGUAAAACGUACUUUGUAAUUUUGUACAUAAUUCUUUAAAAAUCUGUUUAAUGUAAAGUGUUUCGAUGUAAAAUAACUAAUUAUAUUUAAUAUAAGAAAGCAUUCAUA